AUGUUUCCCAGUGCCCUUAUCAAGAAGCCAUCCAUAUGUUCUUUUGACUCAAAAGAAAAAUUUGCUACAAACCUGGAGUUAGCAUUAGAACGAAAUCAAAUCCGUAUAUCGCAGCAGUGCAAAGCCCCUCCAGUAAGACAAAGAUGGAUGUGUCAACCACCAGAUUUUAGCUAUAAAGUGUAUUUAUCUUCACAUAAGCCAGUUGGAAACUACCAAGAGCUGAAAACAAAGGAAAAAAAGAAGACAUUUUUUGAAGAAUUACAUAAAAUAAGAUCAGGAUUGAUUAUCCCAGUCACUGAAGAGGUCAAACAAACAAAGAUUGCUACCAGGUUUCCUUAUACAGGCUCCAAUGAAGCCAAGUUAAUAUCUGUGAAGAUGGGAAAAUUUACUAGCAACAAAUAUGAAGAUCCCAAACCAUAUGAUUACAGACAGUAUGAACAAGGAAUACCAGAUUUUGUGACAAGUUAUACCAGGGAUCCUUUAAAUCUAAAGUUCAAAUCACAAAGUUUAAGCAAAAUUUAUGGACUACCUCCUCUGAAAGAUGAAAAAAAAAAGUUCAGCUCAAAAGAAAACUUUAUCACCCACAAGCCUCAAGAACUGAAGUGGGAUUCAAAGCUAUUUCUACCCAAAGAGCCCUGGCCUACAAAAGCUUGUUCCUUUACGAGGCAUAAAAAACAUUUAGGUGCACCUUGUGCCAUUAUAGAUCGUGUAGAAGAAACAUUAAGCAAACUGUGGCUGAAAGAGUUGCACAACGAGGCAGUCUGUGUUGCUGUCACUAUGGUUACACAAUGCCACAUUGGCUACACCGAGCCACAGUGGCGCAAUGGGCAAUGUGAAAGGUCAAUGCCUAAGGGCAUCAGCGCUUCAUUAUAUGUAAAGCCAGAACCUUUAGGGUUCUUGAUGCCCACAGGUAUAGCUCAAACUGUACAGGAGCUGAAAUAUGAAUAA